CACGCCUUAUACCGCUACACGUACACUGCCUUUAGAAUGAGCGAGGUAGCAGUAUGUGAAUGUGAGCGCUAGGAGAGCUCAGAGAGCCUCACAUGGAGCUUAACAUUACCUUCUAUGUACACUUCCUCAAAUUGUGAGCUCGCAAGAGGGUGGCUGUUCCCCCGAGCAGCUUCUUCCCCGGCAACGCUGCUCACUUUACCCAAUUAUUCCUCCAGGAGGCCUUUUGUGGCAGCCAGAAGCCGGCCAAGUGACACUAAUUAAGUAAAAGCGGGUGGGGAGGCAGCAGUUAAUGGUGUAUAUAAGAGAGUGAGGAGUGUGAAAGAGAAUUUAAGAAGCGGGGAGGCGCCACACUCUCGGCUGCACCAAACCCCACCCCAUUUGGCUUAGAUUUGACCUGUGUGAAGGAAAUAACAAAAAAUUGAGAAAAUUCCCCGAUUACGCGCCGCUUCCCCUUCGUGGAGAAAGGCGGGGAAAGAGAAGAGGAAGAAGGAUAGUUUAGUAAGGAGAUUGUGGUGAAAGUCGUCAAAAUUACCGCGAUAAUAUUAGUUGAUCAGCAAACAUGGCGUGCUGCUUAAGUGAAGAAGCCAAGGAACAGAAGAGGAUAAACCAAGAGAUAGAACGACAAUUACGCAAGGAUAAGAGAGAUGCUAGAAGAGAACUUAAACUACUAUUAUUGGG